AUGCAGAUAACUGGAUGUCAAUUUCAAUUAGAAUCGAGUAUAUUCAAAUUGAAUGAUCUAUUAGAGAUUCCACUGGAUAAAUAUCGAGAAGAGAUCGCCGCAGUGUGCUUUUCGGCACAAAAGGAACUGGAAUUAGAAACGAAAAUGCGAAGUAUUGAAGAAGAAUGGACAGAACAGAUUCUUAGUUUUGAGCCGUACAAAGACUACGGUUCAGUUCUAUUGGAAAAGCGCUAUGUUGAACAUCUGCUCGAACAUUUAGAAGACGGUGAAGAAACGCUUGCACAAAUGUUAACAACACGAUAUAUUGAACCGAUGCGUGAAGAAGUUGCCUCUUGGUCGGAUAAGUUGAAGACCAUUGGAGAAAUUCUUGAACUUUGGCUUGAAGUGCAAGAUAUGUGGUUAGGAGCUGAGAGCAUAUUCAACAAUCCAUCAGCAGGAAAAGAUAUUUCAUUAGAAUCGAAACGAUUCGUGCGUGUCGAUAAAACUUGGUUGAAAACACAACGGCAAUCAGCGGAAAUUCGAAAUGUUUUACAAUGUUGUUUAAGUGAGCCACCGAAGAAAGGUAUUCUCAGAGAAAUGCAAAAAGAAUUAGAAAUAUGUAAUAAAUCCAUUGCAUUAUAUUUGGAUCGGAAACGUCAACUAUUUCCUCGAUUUUAUUUUCUUACCGAUCGAACAUUGAUUUCCCUAUUAAGUCGACAAGACACAAUUAGUUACAUAAAGCCACAUCUUCGUUCGUUGUUUAACGGUAUCGAUGAUUUGAAAAUAGCUGUGACUACUCUUGACCAACCAAAAGCCGAAAGUGGACGACGAAGUGCAGCGAAUAAUGGUGAUUCGCGUUCUCAUAUCGAUAUCACUCUUUUAAGUCAACAUGAUAUCGAACAAGUUCUAAGUGAUGAUGGCGAAUGUCUGCAAUUGAUGCACACGGUUUCAUUGCGAAAAUCUGUUGAACAAUGGCUUGCCCAAUUACAAGAAACAGUUGCAGAUACGAUUCGAAACGAUGUUGCUUCGUGUAUCAAAGACAUCGAUACUGGUUUACCGUUCGACGAGCUUGUUUCGAAAUACACAUGUCAAGUAACAUUAGUAGGCUUAUUAUAUGCCUGGACACGUGAAAUUGAGACGGGUAUGAUCGAUUCGAAAACUGAUCGAAAGGGUCUACAAGCAGCAUCGAAACGAUUCUUAACAUCAAUUCAAAAGAUGUCGUCCGUACUAACACGAUCACAAUGGAAAACGCCAACGCAACCGGUUUUACCUAUACAUAAACUACGUUUAGAAGGAGUUCUAUCGUUCGUUGCUUAUUUACGUGAUAAUAUCGAAGUUGUCUGUUCACGACGUCGCGAUUUAUCUGCCAAAGAUUUCGAUUGGCGGCGAUGUUUUCGCGUGUACCAAGUAACAUCAUCAUCGCCAUUUCAGAAAGCCGAACGAAAAUCGAUCGAUAGUAAUGCCGUGGCAACACCUGCACCUGCUGAACCAGUUCGAAUGCAAGUGUUAGAUGAUGUUUUUACUUAUGGUAGUGAAUUCUAUGGUGUUCAUCAAACGCUAUGUAUCACACCGACAACAGAAAAAUGUUUUCUUAGCAUAUGGGUUGCACUGUCAUUUAAACGACCUGUACUUUUGCAAGGCAAAGCAGCAGUUGGGAAAAUGUAUACAAUAACGAGUUUGGCUCGUUUUCUCGGCCGAUUUAUCGCUACUUUCGAGUGUUCUCAACAUGUUGAUCCAUCUGCCGUGGCUAUGUUUAUCACCGGGUUGGCGACGGAUGGUUGCUGGGGAGUCUUUCAUAAUAUUCAUACUCUAUCUGCAAAUGUUCUAUCGCCACUGGCGGAAUACGUCACAGUUGUCUGUGAUUCGCUUCGAGCAAAUAAUCCAUCGGCUACGAUUAUUUCUGAAAACAGAGAGAUCGCAAUUCAACCAUUGAUAGGGAUCAUGGCAACCAGAAAUCCAUAUGCUAUUGAUCCUAACAAUGACCAUCGUAUGGCCUUAUCAUCUGAAAUACGUUCUCGGUUUCGUAUUGUUUCAUUGGUUAAACCUGAACUUGACCAAAUUUUCCGCAUCAAAUGUUUCGAACAUAACCUAAAGAAUCCGAAUAAUAUCGCAGAAAAAAUCUCGCUUCUUUACGAAUCUAUGCGUCUAUAUUUACCCAUUGAGCAGCGUUCAAUAAUAUCCUUAACAUCUUUUCUCGAUCUACUUCAGUACGUUAAUAAUCUUAAAAAGCGCAGUAAUUCAAGACCAAACAGUAUGACAUCCAGCGGAAAUAAAAUCGAUGAAGUUCGACGAUCUCUAACAAUCAAAACAACAUCGUACACCGGCACUAAAUCAGAUCAGUUCCUUCUAGCUCAGCUGUUCAUUGACGUCAUCGGUGCUCGAUUAGAUCCCGAGCAUGCGAAGACUUUCCGUGUAUUCGUUCUCGAUAUCUUCGUUGGACGUGACGAAGCGAAGCUGGCCGCAAUGAAUACCACUGGGGCAAUCUUAGAGAAAAUUAUCAGUGACAAAGCACCAGAUCAUGAUUUCAUUCCUAAAAAACUUUGGAUAGCUAAAUGCACGCAAAUGAUUCACGCAGCGAACGUUUCGAAAAAUAUGAUACUAUGUGGCUCGCCCUAUAGUGGUAAAUCCAGCGCAGCAAUGUUGAUGAUCGAUGUUCUAACACAAAUGCAACAACAGCAACAAUUACUAUCCGCAUAUCAACAACAAAAAUCAGGCUCAAUCAGUCAAGAAGCCAAUUAUACACAAGAAGCAGCUGGGCAAACCCAUAAACUUUAUCGAAUCAAUCCAUUAGCUAUUGAAUCGGAAAGCAUCCUCCUUGGCGACUAUUCCUUAGCUAAUGAAUGGCAAGAUGGUAUUCUGACUACGAUGUUACGCAAAGCGAACCGAAAUUGCCACAAGAGUUGGUUUUGUUUCGAUGGAGUUAUCAGUCGAACAUGGGCAGAUCUACUUCCAUCAAUACUGGAGAAAGAAGCAUCAUUACAAAUACGUACGGGAGAUAAAUUAUACCUUCUCGAUCAAGUGAAGUUUAUGUUUGAAACAUCCGAGUUAACCGAUGCAUCGCCAGCAUUUAUUGCGAAUUCAGCAGUCAUCUACUUCGAUAAGUCCGUUAUUGAUUGGAAAGUUCUUGCUGGUGCUUGGUUGAAAGAUCGACGUCAAUUAGAAUGUCUUCGAGGAGCAUUCGACCGAGUGAUGGAUCCCGUGUUAACGUACCUUCGCGAAGAAUGUCCAAGGUCAAUUUAUUAUUCGGAAAUGAGCUUAUUCGCCAUCGCACUUCGCUUAUUGGAUGCAAUCUUGCUUGAAAACACUCAUAUUACAACUGAUGUUCACAUCGAACGCUUCUUUAUUUUCUGUUUGACAUUUGUCUUGAAAAUUAUACUUAAUCCUGAUGAACAAAAAGGUUAUUCAGAUUUGUUGAAGACUGUAACAGCUGUUCUACCAGACGAUGAUCGCGAAAUAUCAGUCUUUGAUUAUUAUGUUGAUGAAGCUUGUGAAUGGGACCUUUGGACUGCGAAAGUUGAAGAAUUAAAUGAAAAUAUUCAAGAUCGUAUCGAUAUAUUCGGUAAUGUUCUUGUGCAAACAGUUGACUUAGCCCGUGCGCAUUACUUUUUGAAAUAUGCUGCAUUGGCGCAAGUUAAUAUUUUACUUAGCGGAACAACUGGAUCGUGUAAAACAUUUCUCCUCGAUACGUUUCUCAGUGGUUUAGAUGCUACCCAUUUUCAAACGGCUCGAACCAAUUUUUCCAAGUCAACUAAUUCAGCCGAUCUACAAAAGAUUAUCGAAGCCAAUGUUGUCCAUCGACAAGGCUUUACAUAUGGAGCUCCACUAGCCAAGAAGCUCUGCUUAUUCAUUGAUGAUUUACAAGCAUCGGCCACAGCCAAAUUAGAUAAAUUCAAAAAUGCACCUGAAUUUCUUCGUACUCUCAUCGAUCAUCAUCAAUUCAUAACACAACAGAAACCAUACGAAACACGUAUUAUUGAUGAUCUUUUCGUUUUUGCCACAGCUACCAUUCCACCCACCGGUGAACAGUCAUUGCUAACCCAGAGUCCGCGAUUAUUGCGCCAUUUUGUAAUUGUGAAUCUACCAGCAUCGGAAGCAUCACUUCGCCAUAUACUGACAAAUGUCAUCGAUGUGAAUAUGAUGAGUUAUGGCAAAACACCAGUCGAUCAUGAUAUUUCUACGAAAAUCGUCGAUGUUCUCAUGGAUACACUUCGACACAUUCAACGUGUUCUUCAGCCGAGUUCCGUACCUGGAAGAGAACACUAUCUAUUUUCUUUACGAAAUAUGCUAACGUCGAUACAAAGCUUGCGGCUGAUUGAUGUCGACUUGAGAAAUGAUAAGAAUUUUGUUGCACCAUUUCUUAAACAUGAAUUAUUUCGAAUAAUUUACGAUCAACUUACAAGAGAAAUGGAUCAGUAUUGGUUUAUUGAUACAUUGAAUGAAGUCUUUCGAAGUACAUUUGGUUGGACAAAAAGUGAAGAGGAUCUUCGAUAUAUAACAUUUCAAAUCGAUGGAAGAAGUUAUGAGCGACCACUAACAUCGUUGGUUGUCAAAGAGAUCAAAACUCAAGUUCAACCAAUGGAAUCUUUGAGUGCACUUCGUAAAAUAAUUGAUCAAGCGGCUUUGCGCUAUAAGGAAGAGCUCGGACAUAAUACAUCGGCAUUGACUGUUUCCGAAAAUACAGCUUUACAUAUUAUACGCAUGCACCGUAUCCUUUCUCAUCCGACUUUGAGCAAUCUGUUUGUUAUUGGUACGGUUGGCUCGCAUUUAUCAAAAUUGGUUCGAUUAGCGUUCUAUUUCGCUGAAAUUCAAGAAUAUACAAUUGAUUAUUCAAAUAAGAGCCUUUUUUACGAUAGUCUGAAGGCUGUGAUUCGCACUGCAUCCGUCGAAGGACGACACAUUGGUGUUCUACUUACAUACAAACACUUACGUGAUCCAGACAUCAUCGAUGAUAUCUCAUCUUUAUUGACAAGCGGUGAAUGUCCACAUCUUUUCAGCGGAGAUGAACUAGAAGGACUUUAUCAGGCGGUGAUCAAUGCAUAUCAACGUGAUCAUGAUGUGUCGAUUGCUGUGCUAACUGAUCCACGACGAUGCUUUCUUACUCGUGUUCGUCAAAAUCUUCAUGUAGCUAUAUGUUUGCCAUCACAUAGUGAACUACUGAAGAAUCUCUCCUAUGAAUAUCCGGGUUUGCUCAAACAUACUCAAGUUUACUGGAUAAAGAAUUGGACGAAAGCAGCACUAAACACUGAAGCAUCUCAUUUUCUUUCGUCACAUGAAACUCUCUUCUCCGAUGAUCUUCAUCAGCGUUUAUCUCAAUGUCUUUGUGACAUCCAUUAUUUUAUGCUUGAUGAAUCUCGACAAGUUCCUUUUGUUGGCAGUACAGAUCGAACGAUAAUCAUUCGGGAGAAUCCAGUGAGUCAAAACCACCCGUUAACAAGUCGAUCAACAUCGUCCCGCGAACAAGUUUCUACGAAAAAAAAUGUGAAUAGAGAAGUGAAAAUCGUUGAUAUUGAGCUACCGAAUUAUCCGUAUUCGCGAAUGCUUUUACACGAACAAAUUAAAAAUCAUGCAGCAGGAAAACCUUUUACUACAUCGCCACUUCAUACAUUUAUUGGACCGGAAACAUUUACACGUUUUAUGCAAUCGUUUUGGUAUCUAUUUACUUCGAAAGCAGCUGUCUGUGAACGUGACAUCAUUCGUUUAAGAAAGGUACUCAGCACUUUGAGUAAAACUCGACAGAAUGCCGAAGAAAUGAAAGAAUAUAUUCAACAAUUAAAAGACCGAUGUGUAGAUAGUGAAAAGGAAACCGCUGUUCUCUUAGAAGAAGUUAUCUACAAAUCGAUGGUUUUGGAAAAACUACGCGCGAAGUACGCUCUACCAGGAUGUUUACCAGGUUAUGUUUAUCGCGAUGAAAAAGAAGAUUUAAGUUUGCCCGAUGGCGACAAAAAAACACUUUUGGAAGAUGAAGCUGAUGAAUAUGAGGAAGCAUUCAAGAGAAUGAAAGACGAUUCAUUACGAUCGCGGCAAGUGAAAAUGCAAGAAGAACAUGACGAAGCAGUACGAGAAGUUGAACAAUGGCGUGAAAAAUUAGCAGAGAAACGUAAAGAGGUCGAAUAUUGGAAGAGUAAAGUUGAUAAAUCGUGUAUUGAACGUAUUCGGACAUUUCAAACACCGCCGAUUCUUAUUGGAACCAUUAUGGAGAUGGUUCUAAUAUUGAUUGCUCGAAAGCCUCCUGUUCGUUUUGAACAACGCGAACAAGAACGUGAACGAGGAAAACUACAAGCCGAACGUCUUGAUCGACAUCAAUGGAAACAAUACACAGCACAUAUGGCUGAUAUCGCUAAAUUUGUGGAUAUAUUGCAUGGCUUAGAUUGGCAAGACGGUCUCAAUCUCGAUAUUUCAAACGCGGUGGAAUCGUACAUUGCCAAAGGAAAGGAUGGAAUAUCAGAUGGAAUUACGGGUGAAGGUACUCUAUUAGAAAACGCCAAAAAUUUUCAUGUGCCUCCUACACGUGCAACUGCAGCACAAGAGAAUCGUAUAACUUUAGGAGCUGCUCGUUAUGCUUCGGAAGAAGCUGCAAUACUCGUUCAUUAUGCUAUCGCUUUAGUGGAAUAUACAAAAAUCUGUCAACCGUUACGAUUGACGAAAGAGAAAGUCGAACAACUCAAACAAGAGCUGAUUGAAGCCGAGGAAAAACGAAUCGAACGAGAAUCUGAAAUUCAACGACUGAAACUCAUGGAAGAAACACUUCAUAACGCCGAUGUCAGUGAAGAAGAUAAUCGUCUAGUUGACAUAUCGCAAUACACAAUGGAUGAUAUAUCACGUUUAACUAGUCAAUUAGAAGAGGCGCAAACACGUUUUGACGCUGCAGCAGUUAAUAAAAACAAACUAAGAAAAGAAUACGAAAGUUGUCAAUCACGUUUACAAGCAGCAUUAAAUGUUACACAGAGACGAGACCAAUCCGCUCGGCCACUCGAUGAGAGCGUCUGUUUAUCUGAUUUGGAAGAUCAAUGGACGAAAUGGAUUACAGAACAUUCCACACACGAUCAAACCUUAACGAAUUGUAUAUUAGCUGCAGCCUAUAUGACGUAUUGUUCUUCAUUAGACGCUGAUUUGAGACGUAUUUUCAGUGAGAAAUUCACGAAGUUCUGUGAACAGUAUGAAAUUCCUCGCGAAUCGGAUUUGAUUUUUCAAUCAGUUCCAAUGGAUAGCGUUUCGAAGAAUAGCUUCGAUCUCUCAUUUUCCAUGAUCAAUCAAUCGUUAGAUUCCACGAACAAUACUUGUCGCAGUAAUCAAGUGAUGACAUUGGCAGAAUUUCUAUACAAUCCGAUUGAACUGAAAGAGUUUCAAUUACUCCGCCUCAUUCCAACUGAUAUUAUUACCGAAAAUGGCUGUGUAAUCAUGGCAGACGCAGGUAUCAAUGCUUGGCCACUUAUAUAUGAUGCCACAUGGUACUCUAUCGAUUAUAUUCGCUUAUUUUCAAAGAACAAGAAACUAUUGAUCGUUCGACAUCAUCAACUACGUACACAAUUAGAAAAUGCUCUUUCGGAAGGCCACCAUUUGCUCAUAACUGAUUGCGACACGAAUACUUUGAUGAACAAUGAAAAACUCGAAACAGUUAUUCGAAAUCAAGCACGAUUUUUCUCGAGCGAGAAACCAUUCAAAUUACAAUUGGGCCAACAAGAAAUCGAAUGUAGCCCUAAAUUCCGACUUUAUUUGCAUACAAUAACACAACCGGUAUUCAUUCCGAAGGAAUUGGCUGCUUACACAUUGAUCUUGAAUUAUCACUUGACGCUGAAUGAUCUGGAAGAAAUCUUUUUGAGUCGAUUUAUGGUCAAAGAAAAACCACAUAUCGAUGCUGAACAGCAUACACUGUUACAGGAAAAAGUCGAUACGUUGAAAAUUAUUGAUCCAUUACGACAGAAUAUUACGAAUUAUCUGGCAUCAGAUACGAUCAAUCUAUUACAAAGUGUCGAACCAACAAAACGCUUGUCCGACUUGAAGAAAGCGUAUGACGAAGCUAUUGAAGGAUCGAAGCGAGUGGCGUUACAAGAAGAGAGUUUAUUCAAAACUCGAAACAGCUAUCGAAGAUUAGCUUUACGUGCUGCCACAUGCUAUAACACCCUACAUUAUUUACAGCAACUCACUCCGGAAUAUGUGAUGCCACUAGAACAUUUUCUCGAUUUGUUUGAUAGUUGCAUCUUCCAAUCUGAAAAACAUUCGAUGAAUAAUGUCAUGGCUGAUUUAACCAAGAGUGCAUAUAUAACGAUCUAUCGAAUGUUGAAUGAUCGCGAUCGACGUGUGUUUUCGAUAUAUUUUGCCAUGGAGAUUGAAUCGUUCAAUCGUCGUCAAAACCAACAAUUUGACUCGAAUCUUCCAUCGGGUGAACGAGAAUUCAUUGUCUCACCAGCAUGGGCUGCUGCAUUACUACAAAAGCGGUCCGCUCGGGCAUCGAAUGAGCAUCGUUUUCUGUCCUAUAAAAAGCCGUUCGAUUGGAUGACCGAUGAGGCAUUUCAAAAUCUUCAAUACUUAGCGAUGUUUUUUGAUUGGUUUGCUGAUCCAUUUGAUCGCAUGGUCAAAGAAGUUCAAGAAGUGAAAUGGCGUCCAUUCUGUGAAGGUGAUACUGAAAAUUGUAUAUUUCCACCUCCACUUGAACAGCUGGAACCAAUUCAAAAGUUCUGCGUUGUACGAGCGAUCAGAAGUGAUCGAUUGAUUCAAGCAUCAACUGUCUACGUUUCGAAUGUGUUUCAACAAGAUUCAAACAAACCGAAAUCCGUGUCACAAGAUCAACAACAACAUCAUCAUCCACAACAAACAUCGUCUCGUACACCAACUAUACCAGUUAUACCGACACUUCAACAAGAUGUUGAUCUUAUGUUACGUCAAAGUAGUCAACGAUCUGUUUUGUUACUAUACGAUGAUGAGCCCGAUGAAGUAAUUAAUUAUUUCAAUUUCUGUACGAAUUCCAUCCCGACCGACGCAACAACGAUUGUACCAACAAUUCAAAUCAUCAACGUUUAUGGAACUGGUGCAAGAGAAGAACGUAUUUUGAAAAAAACACUCAAAAAUGCUAUAACAAAUAAUGUUUGGCUCCUUCUUCAUGGUUUGCACAACAACCCUUCGUUCUUAUCUCAUGUUGAAACAUCACUUUGGGAACUCCGCUUAAAACGUCCGACAUCAAUGCCUCGCAUCUGGCUUAGCAUUCAGCGUACUUAUUCGUUUCCAUCUUCACUAUACAAUCUCUGUUUAAUAACUUACAUUCGCACACCAGUAUCAAUGAAAGAAGCAAUAACGCGAGCAUUUUCUGUCAUUGACAAUGAUCUGCUUCGCCAUUCAUUAAAAUCGGAAUGGCUUCCACUAUUGCACAACAUUUGUUACCUCCAUUCAACACUCAAUCUUCGUACACGAUACGGUCAAGCUGGAUGGGAUCUUCCAUCACUAACAACAUUUACGAAUGUCGAAUUAACUUCAGCGUUUCAAGUUGUUGCAAGAGAAUUUGCUCUAAGCGACCAAUCAGUGACUCGACUGGAUUCGUCAGCAGCAAAUGUCACAGCGUCGAAUGAAACCAACACUCGACAACUAUCGUGGUCUUCGAUGCGAUAUACUCUAUCAGAAUUGAUCUACGGUGCUAAAGCUUUGAGUGAAUAUGAUCAACGAGCCAUUUCGAAUAUUGUCGAUUUCUGGAUUCAACCCGGAUCUGUCCGAAAAGACUUUGAAUAUUCCAAAAUCAGAUACAAGAUUCCAUCCGUAUUUUUUACACAACAGCCAAAACUAAGCCAAUUACUGCAAGCACUCGAAGCACUUCCAACGCAUCAAUUUGACGUUGCGGAAACAUGUCAUCUUCAUUCAAGUUUUGAAGCAAGCACGGGCGAUGAUACUUUCAUUCUCAAUCGGCUUAAUCGAAUAUUAGAUGCAUUGCCGCCGAAUGUGUCUUUGAAUGCAUCCAUUUUCCAACGACCAAAUACACCAAUCGAAGAUGUGACCAUCAAUACAUCAUUUUCUUCGUCAAGUGGUUUAUGGAACUCAUUUAGUUCUUCAGCAUUGUAUUCUUUUUCGGCAAAGAAAAAUCAGGGAUUAGAAGAAUAUUGCGCGUCUAUAUUAGCGACGAAGUUACCGAAAGUUUUAACUAAAGAUCAAAUCUUAGAUCGUGCGCGUCGUAAUGGAUCACCACUAACAAGUCCUUUCAAUAUAUGGAUAGUACGUGAAGCAGAAUUAAUAACAGAUCUUGUGAAUCUUAUUCGGACUCACGUACAAUCGAUCAAAACUGCCUGUGAUCUAAGUCAAUUAGGUGUACAUUGGUCACAAGAAUUAGCUGAUGUUGCUCAUGCUCUGUAUUAUCAACGCAUACCGGAUGUUUGGUGCGAUGCAAUUGGGUUAAGUGCACCACCGCCAGUCUGGGGCUUAACAAACUUUUUCGCCGAUGUAAAUAUGCGGGCGGAGCAUAUUGAAAAGUUGUUAACCAAAGGUCGCGAAAAACAUCCAGCAUUCAAUAUAUCGGCAUUCUUCAAUGCGUCAGCGUUGUUUGGUAUCUAUAAACAAGAAAUUGCACACUCACUGAACAUUUCUGAUGAUUCGAACAACAGUUCUCUUAUGUUUCAAUGUGAACUAACACCACGCGAUCGAGAACAUAUCCGUGAAGCACCAAAAGACGGUCUCUUCAUUUACGGUCUUUACUUAUGGGGAUGCAGUGGAGAUAAAAAUAUCGUCGAGCAUGGUAUCUCUGAUGCACCGACAAGAAAUCGAGAAGGAUGCUCACUCAUGCCCGUCAUACAUUUAACGUGUGUACCAACAGAAAAAGCGGCACCAGUUGUUGCGCAACCGCAAACUCUAACGGAUACGACAGGUCCGAAUCGACCGACAACAACCGAUACAUACUCAUGUCCAAUAUUUCCGAAGCGCUGUAUGGAGCGACGUAAUACAGAAGUCAUUUGUGAAUUAGAACUGUGGAAAAAGACAACGGUAGUUGGCCAAGCAUCACGAUGGGCCUGGCGUGGAAUUUGCAUGACUGUUAAACCUUAUUAG